CCCACCGAGAGAAAGAAAGAAAAGCUAGCCGACCGCCCACGCUAUUUACCACCUCGUUCCGCGCGCGCUGAAACUGACAGACGAGAGCAGAGAGCUAGUAGCUUUGAGCCAGCCGAGCGAGGGAGAGAGAUGAAGGGGGGAGAGGCGCCGGCGGCGACGGUGGUGGUGGGGGAGGAGCACUGCGAGACGGAGGACAGGGAGCUGACGGUGCGCAAGACCACGCUCUUCUCGCCGGGGGACGGGCUGGAGGCCUACGACCACCGCACGGGCGCGCUGGCCUUCCGCCUCGAGACCUACGGCCGGGGAGGCGCCUGCGGCGGGGGCGCGGCGGCCGGGGACCUGGCGCUGCUGGGCGCCGCGGGGGACCCCGUGCUCACCGUCCGCAGGCGCCGCCCCAGCCUGCACCACCGCUGGGACGGCUUCCUGGGCGACGGGGGCGGCGCCAAGCCGCUCUUCUCCGCCCGCCGCUCCUCCAUCCUCGGCGCCGGGGCCGGGGUCCUCGUCGACCUCCUCGCCCCCGCCCAUACCGCCGCCAAGGAGUUCCGCGUCGACGGGUCCUUCCCGAGGCGGUGCUGCCGCGUGGUGGCGGUGGCCUCCUCCGGCGGCGGCGAGGUGGAGGAGGGGGAGGAUCAGGAGACGGUGGUGGCGGAGGUGCGCAGGAAGGUGGACGAGGGCGCGCACGUGGUGCUGGGCCGGGACGUGUUCGUGCUGUGGGUGCGCGCCGGCUUCGACGCCGCCUUCGCCAUGGGGAUCGUGCUCGUGCUCGGCCGCAUCACCGGGGACGAGCUCGACGGCGUCCUCGGCGAGGAGCUGCUCCUCGAGGCCACCUCGCCGGUGUAGUAGGCCCUGCUGGAGCUCUGUCCCUCUCUUUUUUGGCUUACGCAGGCAGGGUCGUCGCUUGGUCUGUGAUGCGCAUCUCGCGGACCCCUGGCUGGCAUUGUUGCCCAGCAAGCAAAGCUUGGAUCGAGAUUGUAGCUUUGAGUGAACAUGGACACUGCACUGCUUGAUUAUUGCAUUAGUUUUGAUCAUUAUAUAAGUAUUAUCUGGAAUUAUUAAA